AUGGCGGAGGUCGUCGCACGCUGUGCAAACUAUCUAUCAGCCUUCAUUCGUGACCGAGAAAAGGCUUUGCAGAUUGUGAUAGAUGCAAUGAAAAAGAAUCCAACUAAAGAAUUAGCGAAAAGGGGGCCUUAUUCUAUGGACUACGGAUAUGGAGCCAUGGAAACCGAAACUGCGCCUACAAUUGUUCCAUAUCUUCCCAUAAAAGAUAUCGCGGAUGAGAUGAAAGGAAAAUUAAACAAGGAUACGGAAAAUGUAACUCCUGCAAACUUGAAAGUUGCGGUGAAAAGUGCGGUUGGAGACGUUUCUAAGCAUCUCUCACAGGGUACAGCUUUACGGAGCAAAGCAGCCGGUGAAAGAUAUCCGCAGAACCUGUUGUCAGAAGUCAUGAAAUCAGCCGGGGACAAGACACUUUACAAACAUAAAAACUACACUGACACUUACGCAGGCGGUGGAACAGAGUUACAGUAUGCCGGUAAAUUACAAGCUGAUCCAAAUGCAAAAGAUUUACAAAUCGAGAUCGAUGCUGAGCUACGCAGAGGAGUACCAGACAAAAUUGCCCCAACGAUCUCGAAAAGUUUGGAAGGUGAGCAAUGUUAG